AUUUCUUCUGAGCAUGAACACGGAAAUGGUUUUGCUAUGUUUCAGAGCUAAAAAAUGGAGUACGAAUGCACUGGUCCGUUGAGAAUGUUUUCAGUUAUAUUGCGCCUAUUGUUGUUACUACAGUUGCCUGGCAGCUGUGUAUCCGAGUCAGUAAAUUGGUCAAAGGCCUGUGGAGCUGAUGAGUUUACCUAUUCGAGAAAUUUAGGGGAUGAACUGUUUAACAUAAAUGGGAACAGAGUAGAUAGAAUUUCUUUCUGCAACACUUUUGAAUUCUACUACAGAAAUGGAUGUUUUCUGGAUUUGGGUCUGGAAGAUUGGGGAGGACUUGCAAGGAAAAACUGUGCUUUGGAGAUUAAAUCAGUGCAGUUGCCUCAAAGGAGGGGGAGAAAAUCUCUGCGUGAUUUGGGAACAAAUCGAUCUACCUUCCGCAUGCUAGGUCAAAGGAGUCAUCAAUUAGAAAAGAACCGAAUUCACAGUUCUUGGGUGGCCCCAAAGAACAUUGCCAUGGUUGCAUCAGGAAUGUUGCUUCUAUAUUACAGUUUCCUCUGUGCUCGUGGUUCUCGUUCAAAGAAAGAAACAACCGACACUCUCCCUGCAAAGGACCCAAGUUCAAUGGAUUCAGUUUCUUCUUUAGGAAUGAAUUCUGCACAUGAAAAGGUUCCUGCGAGUCCACUACGAGUGCCACCCAGUCCUCGAUUUGGGAUGAACCCACAACUGGAUAGAAUUGGAUCAGUGCAUCUCAAUAUGAAUCAGGUGGUCAGAGCCACACACAAUUUCUCCCCAUCGUUAAAGAUAGGUGAAGGAGGCUUUGGAACUGUCUAUAAGGCCGAGUUGCAAGAUGGUCAGGUUGUUGCUGUUAAACGAGCAAAGAAGGAACACUUUGGGAAUUCACAAACUGAAUUCAGCAGCGAAGUUGAACUACUGGCUAAAAUUGAACAUCGAAAUCUGGUGAGACUACUUGGUUAUGUUGACAGAGGAAAUGAACGCAUAAUUAUUACUGAGUAUGUUCCGAAUGGCACUCUUAGGGAGCAUCUGGAUGGUAAGCGUGGAAAAAUCUUGGACUUUAACCAGCGGCUGGAAAUUUCUAUUGAUGUUUCGCAUGCCCUCACUUACCUUCAUAUAUAUACAGAGAACCCAGUAAUUCACCGGGACGUGAAAUCAUCCAACAUUCUACUGACAGAGAGCUACAGAGCCAAGGUAGCUGAUUUCGGGUUUGCACGACUUGGUCCAAUGGAUAUGGGCCAGACACAUAUAUCAACCAAAGUGAAGGGGACUGCAGGCUACCUUGAUCCACAAUACAUGAUGACCUAUCAUCUCACCCCCAAGAGUGAUGUGUAUUCAUUUGGAAUUUUGCUUAUUGAAAUUCUUACUGGUCGCCGGCCAAUGGAGUUGAAGGGACCUGCUGAUGAAAGGGUCACAGUCAGAUGGGCUUUCAAGAAGUGUGAAGAGGGAAAUGUGGCGGAGCUUGUAGAUCCUUUAAUGAACGAGGUGGUACCUAUAAAGACACUAGUGAAAAUGUUCAGUUUAGCAUUCCAGUGUGCUGCACCUACACGGUCUGAUCGGCCAGAUAUGAAAGAAGUUGGGGAGCAAUUGUGGGGAAUAAGAAUGGACUAUCUUACGAGUGUUAAACGAGUGUAGUAAGUGCAAAUUCAGAUUGAUUUCCUAUUUUCACUCCGUGGUUUGUAGUCUACAACUUGUAAACCGAAAUUGAAUUUAAA